AUGGCUACCAGUGUUGAAGAAUCCCAGAAUACGACAUUAUCAUACCCUUUAGAAGUUCAUUAUUGUGGAGUAAAUGAUCAGCUUCAAUCAGCGGAUAUUGCUGAUAGCAAGAAAAGGCAAACUAGAGGGGGUAAAGCAAUUCGUAAUAAAAAGAAACCAAGUGGGCCAAAACAAGUAACGAUUGCUUUGGCUCAAAGAAGUAAGAAAAAGUAUGUAACUAUCGUGGUUGGAUUAAAAACUUUUGAAAUAGAUUUAAAGAAAGCUUCAAAGUAUUUCGCUCAAAAAUUUUCCUGUGGCUCCUCUGUAACUGGCGAUGAUGAAAUAGUUGUCCAAGGCGAUGUAACUGAUAAUAUUAUUGAUAUCAUUCAAAAAAAGUGGCCAGAGAUUGACGACGACAGCAUUACUGACUUAGGAGAACAGAAACGGUGA